AUGAGGACCCUCAUUUCCAUGCUCGUCGUCGCCGCCGCCGCGGUGGUCGGCCUGUGCUCUGUGGCUCCCGCUGCAUCAGCGCGCGGGGAGCCGCCGGUGCCGCAGGCCGUCGGCGGGUGGAAGCCGAUUAAUGUGAACGACCCCCACAUCCAAGAGCUCGGCCGCUGGGCGGUUUCGGAGCACGGCAAGCAGGCCAGCGACCGGCUGGUCUUCGGCAAGGUGGUGAGCGGCGAGGAGCAGAUCGUCGCCGGGACGAAAUACAAGCUGGUCAUUCAGGCGACCAGGGCCGGCGCCGGCGGGAACAGCGCGACGUACGGGGCGGUGGUGUACGAGAAGGUCGACAAGACACGGCAGCUACUGUCGUUUAGUCCGGCGAACUGA